AUGCAGUCCUCAUCUUCUCCACGACCAUUCACGCGCCCCUCCUCUUUCCCAUCAUAUCUACCCAUUGACAUCUUUCGCCUGAUACUCGACCAUCUUACAUAUGACAAAUUCUCACUACACUCCUGUUUAUUGGUAAAUCGUCAUUGGUGUCGAGUCGUUGUUCGCGUCCUGUGGCAACAACCAUUUCGACUAUUAUACACCUGCAAGCAAUCACCAUGUAAUUGCUGUUCAAAUGAGAAACAAGAAAAGAGGCAGUCACAGGCCGGAAACUUAUUGGAGACGUGUAUGAAAGUAAUUAUAUGUAAACAUGAGGAUUGGUUGAUUGGGAAGAGGGAUGAUGUAAGCAGUAGCAAUAAUGGUGAAAACUUGAUCUAUCAGGAUAGGAAGAAAUUAAUUCUUCAGUAUAACAUAAAUUUGUUGCGAAACAGAAGCAGAAAUUUAUCACAAGACUUUUCUUCUUUAGUCUCGACUCCUACAUUUGAUUAUUUAGAAUUCUUGCAAUGCUUAGAUUUCUUAGAACUUUGGAAUGCAGUUCAGGAUUGGAUUAAAUCUAUAAAUCGUAGUAAACAUUCAAACAAUACCUGCAUUUCUGUUGUCCUUACGAAUCAUGCAAAUUCCUGCGUCACUUCUUUUUCUAAUUAUCAUGCUGCCGCAAACGCUGAAGAUCACAAUCACUCCGGGUCAAAAGCGAGUCGUUUACCAACCUCGAUUAAUUUUGACCACAGGGACACAUCUACCACAGUGAAUUCCUCAAAACGACGAGUAGAUUAUAUGGCAAUCCUACAAACCUUCUAUAAUCACUCAGAUAAUCUGAAAGAUACCUCAAAAACUAUAGCAACAUUAAAUUCAAUGAAUUUAAUGAAUUCUGCGAAUUCAACACGUCUCUCAAAAUCCGGUUCUUUAUCCAUAGAACAAAUCGCUAAUCUGCUUUCCAUCUUCUUUUCCAUGCACUCUCCACUUCACCAUCUCUCCAGCGAUCUCACAUCUCGCCAUUCAUCCGCUAACUCGGGAUUCCCUUGUUCCAUAUUAUCAUCCCGCCUGUCUACCUUCGCAAAUCUUUAUACUCCCACCUUAUCUGACAACCUCAUCCAUCUAACCUCCCUUGUUUGUACUACAAAGUUAUCGAAACACUCUUUAUUCACUUACCUAUCCCGCUUCGCUCACAACAUUCGCCAUUUAGAAGUAUGCAUUGAUUACCUAGAUCAUCAUCAUUUCAAUGAACGCAUCCUCGACAUUUCCUACGUGGAGGAGGAAUCCCUCGCCCUCUCCGCCUUAAUAAAAUCUCAGAAAUCCAUUGUUAGUCUCAAACUUUUCAGUUUUCCCGCAGGCUUACAAUCAAUUACCUCAGCUAUACACCAACACGCAAACUCUCUGCGAUCGCUGAGUUUCAUUGGCGUCUACUUUGACGGGUGGGAGUUAUUACCGAUACUAGAACCAUUGAGAAAUUUGGAAACAUUGGAGUGUAGGGGAUGUUUCUUUCAACUAGUUUUUGGUUUUACUCCGGAAUCACACCCACCAGUGCAUUUGGAAUUUACGCAUUUGAAAAAAUUGGAUAUGAUGGAUUCUUAUGUAGAACCACCAAUUAUGAGGUACCUUUUAAAAUCUUGUUCGGCUAAGGUGACGUAUCUCGAUCUUGGAAGAAAGAUACAAGACCCCAAAUCUCCGGAAGAUAGUAACAUCCUCAUGAGACUGGUCGAGACCCAAUUCCCAAAACUCAAACAUUUGAUGACUUCAUUUCAUGAGCACGAGAUAAAACAAUUACUAGAAGUGUUCGAGUGUUGCACAGAGCUGGAGUCAUGCGUAUUGUGCCCGCUGGACAGCUAUAAUUCUGCAGGUAUGAAUGAGCUGAUGCGAAGGAUGGGUGAAUGUAAAUUGAAAAAACUGAGAUAUUUUGGAAUAAGAGGAACGAGCUACGUAUACUCCGUAGAAAACUUCAAUGCUUUUUUGAAGAGUUUACUCAACACGAGGGAAAAUGACGACAAGAAUUUUCGAAUCCUGGAAAUUGAUUCGUCAACAUGCUUCAGCAAUGAGCACCUCGAAACAGUAUUGAAACAUUUGGGAGGGGAGAAAGAAAAUUGUUUGCAAACAUUAAAAUUGAAAUUAUAUCGAGAGUUGGACAAACAGUUGAUAGUCAAGGCAGGCGAAAGAAUUAGGAAAUUUGAAUAUGAAAUGUGGGAUGCUAAAGAGCAGGCUUGGGAAAAUAUGGUACGACGAGAGCAAUGA